UCUAUAUUAAAAUCCAUCUCAGACAAAAACCCUACUUGUUCAACCCCUCGUCCUGUUCAAUCUCCAAAGCCAGCCGCCUCCUCCUCCUUCACAAAUCUCAGCAUGGAAUCGACUGUGAAGCACGCGUUGGUUGUGAAAGUGAUGGGACGCACCGGAUCCAGAGGACAGGUGACCCAAGUCCGAGUCAAGUUUCUCGACGACCAGAACCGGUUCAUCAUGAGGAACGUCAAGGGACCGGUCCGGGAGGGCGACAUCCUCACCCUGCUCGAGUCCGAGAGGGAAGCAAGAAGGUUGCGUUGAUGGGUCUUCGUCUUUGUCUUCAACCAUGGAAAAAAGCUAUGUUCUUUGCUUGUUUACUGGGUUUAUGUUUUGUCGUGUUGAUUAGUGAGAAACAAUGGUUGUUGUAGUGUUAUGGAAAUCGGGUUAUGAGUUUUUGACAUUAUGAGUUAUGAAAUCGAGAACUUGAUUUGGUUUUGAUUUGGGUUCUUAUUGUUUAAGAUUUCUGUUGUGCACUUGUGCCUUAUUUGAUGAUCUUGGUCUCCCAAUUUAUAUGGUUUCUCUUUGUUUGCUGAAUAUUAUGCCUUCUCAACUUUAACGGCAUUGUUUUUCUCC